AAAUAUUAUUUCCCAAUGCUUUAUUGCUUUCCAACCACAACCAUUCAGCAUAACAGAGGGACGAGCUGGACGGCGCCGCGGGGAUCAACGUGACCUAAUGAGAUCCAUGCAAAAGACGAAGUUAAUGCUGAGAGAGUUCCACCGAUUUUCCAUACAUGAACUGCGACUUGUUCGUAAACCUCGCGUAGAAUCUGAGUUGGCAGAUCGUUUGUCCAGGAGCGCUAAGCUUUGAAGAUCGGUUAGGGCCAAAGCAAAUGGCCAUGUUCAUGCGAUUGCCUUGCCAACCUCUCUUCUUCCCUACUCUCAUAAGCGCUAGGAAAGUUCUAGGGAGCAUAAUGGCAGAUACUGUCCAACCUAGUGGUAAAAAUUGGCAGUCAUAUGGUAGGGGACGAAGAGCUUCUCAGAGCUCCAUCAAAUUUGUGCAAACGACGUGCCGAAUCUCAGUCCCUGUAAUAUCAUCAGAAAUUAAAGAAAGAGUGCCUUCAAAUGUUUUGAGGGACAAGAAGUUGAUUCCUGAUGCAGAUCCUCCAAACACUACAGAUAUGGACCUUUUAUAUCAAUUCUUUGAUCAGAGCACCAAGCUGGUGGUAUUGACAGGAGCUGGAAUAAGCACAGAGUGUGGAAUCCCUGAUUAUAGAAGUCCAAAUGGAGCAUAUAGUUCUGGUUUCAAACCCAUUACCCACCAGGAGUUCCUCCGUUCUAGCCGAGCUCGCAGGCGGUAUUGGGCAAGGAGCUAUGCUGGAUGGAGACGGUUUACUGCAGCACAGCCCGGUGCAGCUCAUAUGGCUUUGGCAUCUUUAGAAAGAGUUGGCCGUAUAAAUUUUAUGGUUACACAAAAUGUUGACAGGUUACAUCAUCGUGCUGGUAGCAGUCCACUUGAACUCCAUGGUACUGUCUAUUCUGUGGUGUGUUUAAAUUGUGGUUUUUCCUUCUGCCGAGAUCUAUUUCAGGACCAAGUGAAGGUCCUUAAUCCAAAGUGGGCAGCAGCAAUUGAAAAUUUGGACCGCGGCACCCCUGGGUCAGACAAGAGCUUUGGCAUGAAGCAGAGGCCUGAUGGUGACAUUGAAAUUGAUGAGAAAUUUUGGGAGGAGGAUUUCCACAUCCCCACUUGUCAGAAAUGCAAUGGAGUGCUCAAGCCUGAUGUUGUCUUCUUUGGCGAUAAUGUUCCUAAAGAUAGAGCUGAUAAGGCAAUAGAAGCUGCAAAAGAGUGUGAUGCUAUGCUUGUACUUGGGUCAUCUUUGAUGACCAUGUCUGCUUUCCGACUUGCUAGAGCUGCUCAUGAGGCAGGUGCAGCUACUGCAGUUGUGAAUGUGGGUGCGACACGGGCUGAUGAUUUCUUGUCUUUGAAAAUCAAUGCUCGAGUUGGAGAGAUACUCCCUCGAUUGCUCGAUGUUGGAUCCAUUGGGAUCCCUGCUCUUUAGGGAUGUUAUGGAAUGAGAGGUAGAACAGAUCCUCAGUUUCAUUUUCCUGCCAAAGAAUUGGUCACCACAUAGGUAUUAUUGAAUCAUCUUUCUUUUCUGGUUGAUGACCUUUGUGGAGGGUGGCGCUAUGCUUUCAUGGCACUUGAAAGCAAUGACAUGAUUUCAUUCCCUCUGGUGUGCAACCAGUGUCCUGAGGAAGAAGUGAUCAACCAUUGAGGAUUAUUUUAGGAUCAUUCUUGCUUUACCAAGAAGGGCUGUAGACAGCUUUUUAAUUAACUGAUAUGUUAUCCUCUUGUAUUAUGUAUUAAAAAAACUGACUGCGCUUCUGUGGCUUGAUGUAUAUUUACAUAUGGUGGCAUAUUUACUUAUUUUUUC